UCGGAGUGUCAUGCAGAAGUACCUGGAGGAAAGGGAUGAACUGACCUUUGACAAAAUCUUCAGCCAGAAGAUUGGUUUCCUCUUGUUCAAGGAUUUCUGCAUGAACGAGAUCGACGAGGCCGUUCCGCAGCUGAAGUUUUAUGAGGAGAUUAGAGAGUACGAGAAGUUGGAUUCGGAAGAAGAGAGGCUAACUCGCAGUCGACAGAUAUAUGACGUCUACAUAAUGAAGGAGCUUCUGUCGUGUUCACAUCCCUUCUCUAAGAAGGCAGUAGACCAUGUCCAGACUCACCUAGCAAAGAAACAAGUUCCUCCAAAUCUCUUUCAGCCAUAUAUAGUCGAAAUCUGUGAUAGUCUUCGAGGAAAGAUCUUUCAGAAAUUCAUUGAAAGUGACAAGUUCACACGUUUUUGCCAGUGGAAGAAUGUAGAGCUCAACAUCCAUUUGACGAUGAAUGACUUCAGCGUGCAUCGGAUCAUCGGCAGAGGGGGGUUUGGUGAGGUAUAUGGUUGCAGGAAGGCAGAUACAGGGAAAAUGUAUGCCAUGAAGUGUUUGGAUAAAAAGCGGAUCAAAAUGAAGCAGGGAGAAACGCUGGCACUCAACGAGAGAAUCAUGCUGUCGUUGGUCAGCACCGGGGAUUGCCCUUUCAUAGUGUGUAUGACAUAUGCCUUCCACACUCCUGAUAAAUUGUGUUUCAUCCUGGAUUUGAUGAAUGGUGGAGACCUUCACUAUCACCUAUCUCAGCACGGCGUCUUCAGCGAGAAGGAUAUGCGUUUUUAUGCAGCUGAGAUCAUACUGGGCCUCGAACACAUGCACAAUCGAUUUGUCGUCUACAGAGACCUCAAGCCUGCAAAUAUCCUCUUAGAUGAACACGGACACGUUCGCAUCUCUGACCUGGGCCUGGCCUGUGAUUUCUCCAAGAAGAAACCUCACGCCAGCGUAGGAACUCAUGGCUACAUGGCACCUGAGGUUCUGCAAAAAGGAACAGCGUACGACAGCAGCGCCGACUGGUUCUCUCUGGGCUGCAUGCUGUUCAAACUCUUGCGAGGGCACAGCCCAUUCAGACAGCACAAGACCAAAGACAAACAUGAGAUUGAUCGCAUGACCCUUACCAUGAAUGUGGAGUUGCCUGACUCCUUCUCACCUGAGCUCAAGUCCCUCUUGGAAGGACUCUUACAGCGAGACGUCGCCAAAAGAUUGGGGUGUCUGGGACGGGGGGCGUCAGAAGUAAAGGAGCAUUUGUUCUUCAAGGGAAUCGAUUGGCAGCAGGUCUAUCUUCAGAAGUACCCCCCACCUCUCAUUCCCCCCAGAGGAGAAGUCAACGCUGCGGACGCCUUUGACAUCGGCUCCUUCGAUGAGGAGGACACCAAGGGAAUUAAGCUGCUUGACAGUGAUCAGGAGCUCUAUAAGAACUUUCCGCUGGUGAUCUCCGAGCGCUGGCAGCAGGAGGUGGCCGAGACGGUGUACGAUGCCGUCAACAGCGACACAGAUAAGAAUGAGGCGCGCAAGCGGGCUAAAAACAAGCAGCAGGGACAUGAAGAGGACUAUGCGCUGGGGAAGGACUGUAUCAUGCACGGCUACAUGCUAAAGCUAGGAAACCCCUUCCUGACACAGUGGCAGCGGCGGUAUUUCUACCUGUUCCCCAACCGUGUGGAGUGGAGAGGCGAAGGAGAGUCUCGGCAAAACCUGCUGACCAUGGAGCAGAUCGUGACUGUGGAGGAGACGCAGAUCAAGGACAAAAAGUGCAUCCUGCUGAGGAUCAAAGGAGGGAAACAGUUUGUCCUGCAGUGCGAGAGCGACCCAGAGUUCGUACAGUGGAAGAAGGAGCUCACCGAAGCAUUCACCGAGGCCCAGAAGCUGCUGCGUCGUGCCCCCAAAGUCAUUGGCAAGGGGCGAACCAAUGUGGUGGAACUGUCCAAACCUCCGCUCACGCACCGCAACAGCAACGGCCUGUGAGCCGCCCCUUCCUGCGACCCUUGUCCACCACUCCUCUCCAUCCUCUUCAUCGACACACACAUGCACACGCUCUCACACUCUCUCUCUCCCAGCAAAACGCUUGUCCAGCAACAUUAGGCUUCCCAGCUGGCACAGUGAGCCGCCACAUGGUCCGUCUUGGAAGGUUCUGCUGGACUGUGCCCUGCUGUUCCUCAACUGUUCAUCAAUCAAAUGCACACACAUACACACAGUUCCUUGCAACUUGACACGCUGGGGUGGGCGUCACUCCAGGAUAAUGUUAAAGAACAAUCAGUGAUGCCAGUGCUGAAUCUGGGACCCUGUUUUGACCAGUGGUGCAGGCUGGGAUACUGCACCUUUUUUGUGAGCAUGUCGUUGCUUCUGUGAUUCCCACAUUCUCCUUGCACACACCGGCAUGCUCGUAUUUAGGCAAAAAAAGGCCUCUGCUAUAAGGGUCCCAAACAAUGUCCACUUGGAGCUUCUUUACAAGUGAAAGUGUUCUAGCACACUUUCACUUGUAAAGUGUGCUAGAACCGGACAGUAUCCGUACCUCUGCUAGAGGGAAACCAGAGCCAUGCGGCCUUAGAGAUCUAAUCAGAUGGAAACAAUCUCAAAAGACGAUGGCUUGAACAAUAUCACUCCCGUUGUCUUUCAUGUCCUUUGUGGGAACACCAAGGCCACUUCACUGAUUGUGCCAUUCUUGAUGUGUAUGCUUUGCACCACUUUCUGUCAACAUCGGGGGUGCAUGGCAUGCAUGCCAUUUCAUGCUAAAUGGACUCAGAUUUGUGGACUGUUGUGGCACCCAACCCUUGUCCUGUACUUGAGAAGUACAAAAGUCUUCGACACUUCCUUGAUACUCGCUGACGGAUUGAAUGAACUGCAACGGCGAGUGUUGCGUGCAUCCAAGUUCCAAGAGCUCUCAGAGGACGUACAGUGAAAUACGGAAGUGUUUUUCAUUUCUUUCUUUUUUUGCUUAGCCCUUGUAAACCAAAUUUGGUUGGGUUCUUCAUAAUGCAUUAAAUGUGUGUACUAGUGCGUGUACACGAUGCAAAAAGUAGGUGUUGUUGCUUUAAAGGAAAUGCCCCAAUAUUGUCACCAGGAAGAUUUGUUUUCUUUCGCCUUGAAUGUAUUUUUGUUUCUCUUUUUGUCUAUUGUUUUUUUGUUGUUGUUAAUUUGUUCGUGGGUGGAUUGUUUUACGCUGCUUAACACAAUGGGAAGGAACGUGGCAGGACCUUUCCUAAGACACGAACCCAACCUCUCCCCCUGAACCCACAGAAGUGCAAAAAGUGCCAAUGAAAUAAACGUUCGACUUGAGACACCUGAGAAUUCCUUGAGUCCAGGCCGCGUCACCUGCAUCUCCCUGUGAACAGACCCCGAGAACAGUGUUGGAAACUGAACGCACAGAAUAAAAACUGAACUGCAGACUUCCAGUCGUGUACAAGGAUGCCAAUGGACAGUUGAUGAUGCAUGGUUAGAGGGACCACUUGGGAUAAAAAAACAGCAGCAGCAUCCCUGGAGUCUUUUAUCAGGCUGUAUAUAUGAAUCCUUUCUCUGUGCAUCUACAGUAUAAUCUUAUUGACAAUGUUUGCAUAUAUGGCGUAUCUCUGUCUCUGCCUGUCUGUGUUUGUCCCUAUGUCUCAGCUUGGGGGCGGGUGGGGUGGGCAGGGUUCACAUCUGUCAAUCAAUCGGCAGCCGUGUGCAAACCUCAGGCUGAGAAAACUGUGCGUACGCCUCUUUUAGGACCAUCGGUGUGAAAGAGCGAAGAGUUGGAUGGCUUAUCUCAUAAUGAGGUGCGAGGAGGUCUUUUGUCUGUCUCUUGUCUGUUUCGUUAUGCCGGCGCUUCUGAAGGUGAGACGCGCAACGCAGCUUCGCCAUUAUCCAUUCACGGGCAUACAGACUGUUAUUCAGUUCGAAGGUAGGACGCUCGCACUCACAGGUGUUUGGAAAGGUGGGCUGCUUGGAUCGCGGAAGGAGAGACAACUUAAAACCAUUUGUUGUAAGGCUUGAUUUGAAUAUAGUUUAAAUUUUUAUAUUGUUUUGAAUGUGAUGCAAAUGCAGAUUUCUAUAGAUGACACAUCUUUUUGGAGUAUGUUAUGUGCAUUUAUUUUGGUCUUUUUUUUAUGGAAAAACAAGCACAGCUUAACAGGCAUGAGGUGAUUUUAAAGAAGUGUUUUCAUGUAUAUUCAGGUUCUAUUUUUUUUCCAUGCAGUAAUUUUCUUUUUCUAUGACUCCCGUCUGUGCAUUCCGAGUGAUUUGCAUGCGGUGCUCUGCAGAAAUCGCAGGGUUUUGGGAGUCGGAUCAGUUUUUGUAGUCUUUAAGUGUCGGGGAGGUGCCAUCCUGAGGAUGUUUUAGUGCCCUUCAAGAGUUUUAUUUUGAAACCAAAAUGGCUUGUUUUGAAAUAUAUAUCACUGCACUUUUUCCACCACGCUUCACAAGCUGACGAAAUAAAAUGUGCCAAACGACUGUAGGAGAAUGUCCUUGAACCAAUAAAAAGCUCACGCAAUGCUCGCCGGCUAUUUUCGAGACAAAAAAUUGGUACGUUUUAAUGGGCGAGCAGCAGUGAGUUUGAGAAAGAGUACAAAAAUGUGAUGAAAUUCAUGUGACGUGGAACAAGUGGGCCGUGGGGCAACGAUCCUACGUCAAUUGACGAUACGCCUCAAAGCUACUGACCGGCGACGACCGGUACCUUGUUUUGAAACUGCUAGCCCGUUUCUCAAAAAGGGUGGCACCUCCGCCAGUCCUAAAUAUCCAUGUUUUAUUCAGGGGUUUUUUUGUUUUAUUUUAACGGUAGCUUUUCAGUCACUUCGUCAGUGUUUGCUUCAUUCAAUUGCUUGUGUGUCUGUUCUGUAGCGGUGAAUUUUGUGUGUGGGUGAACGCAGGUUUCAAAAUGGAAGAGGACGAUAAAUAGGAAAAAAAAAAAAGAAAAACAAACUAACAAAAAUCUAAGUAUAUAUGUGUAUAAGAAAUAAAAACAAAUGAGCUUAGGUUUAUUUAAAAGACUUUACGAUGUAGACAAAAAAUUGACUCGGGAAGGGAUCGGGUUCGAUGUGAGUUCAACUAUUUGUGGUGAAGAAUCAGCUCAGAUCUUGCACAUAAGAAGUUUAGAUAUUGUACCUACGAGUUACAGAUUAUUAUUUUUGUUCGUUUAAUACAGAACUCUUUUGCUCUCUUUCAUAUUUAUUGUCUGGUCGGGGAGCUAGUCCCUCUGUGCGUUGGUUUACCUAGGGCACAGAGCUGUGGAGUAUCUGGGUUUACAGUCAACCGAAACUCUCUUUUUCAUGUGCCACAAACAAGCGCAAACGCAAAUACUACUGUCUGGGGUUAUUACCAUUAAGGUUAUGAUGAUGAUGAUGAUGAUGAUUAUAAUAAUUAUUAAUAAUAUUAUUCAAUGAAUGAUAAUUGUUAUUAAAAUUAUUUUUUUGUUUUCAUUUUUCAGAACAGCUAGGAACAUGUGUGUUGGACUGCUUAUAAAAACAGUUCAGAAAUAAAAGCCCCUUUUUCGUGUU